ACUAUCCAGGCACUCCGACAGUAGCGCUUAUCAUAUAGGCCUCUCGGCGCGCAUGCUCAAAAACAACUUCGUCUUUAUUGACACUUUGAAGCAUGUGGAAACUGUGCUAGUGCACGCGCUAAGAAAGGAAUACCUCCCACAAAUAGCUCUCGUUCCCAUGGCUCUCGCGGGGGGUUAAAUGAAGACGUGCUUGCAAUCAUGAUGUCCACAAGCUCGAAGGAUCCCCGCUCACAGCCCUCGCACUUGCUUGCUUGACUCUGCCUCCAUGCCUUCCCUUGCUGCUCUCCUCCCGUUAGUCGCGCUUGCUACCGCCUCGCAGGCGUUCGUCACCCUGCCGCUUAACCCCGUCACGGGCCGCGAGGGCGCGUACCUCAAGGGUCUGCCCGACGCGGACCGUGCGCGUGUGAAGCUCCUCAAGUCGCGUGCGUCGAGUGGACCAACGACUGUCCCUGCGACGAACUUGGCGUAUGUGCAGUACACGACGAGUGUUGGUGUCGGCAGUCCGGCGACGUACUACAACUUGGUCGUGGAUACUGGGAGCUCCAACACGUUUGUGGGAACGGGUACGAAGUACGUCCGCACGAGCACGAGCGUUCCAACCGGUCAAGACGUCAACGUGACCUAUGGCUCGGGUUACUUCUCUGGCGUGGAGUAUCUCGACCAAGUGACGCUCGCUCCGGGCUUUGUGAUCAAGGACCAGUCCAUCGGUGAUGCUCUCUCAUGGGCUGACUUUCCCGGCGUUGAUGGUAUUGUCGGUGUGGGCCCCGCGGACCUCACAGUUGGCACACUCACCCCCGACGUGGACGCGACGAUCCCGACUGUCAUGGAUAAUGCGCUCAAGCAGGGCCUCAUUGAGCAGGAGAUCCUUGGCGUGUCGUUCGCACCUGCGACGACCUACAGCGACACGAACGGUGCUUUGACGUAUGGUGGUAUUGAUUCAUCGUUGUACGAGGGCGAAAUCACCUAUACCCCGCUCACGACGACCUACCCCGCGGCGUACUACUGGGGCAUCAACAUCACCGACUCGACUUACGGCACCACGCCCGUCUUCACCGACUCCACCGCGGGCAUCGUCGACACCGGAACCACCCAGAUCCUCCUCGCAGACGACUACUUCGACAACUACAUCGCGGGCAUCCCCGGCGCGUACAUGGACAACACCACCGGCCUGCUCGUCGUCCCCUCCUCGUCCGUCGCCGGCAUCCAGCCGCUCAACUUCACGAUCGGCGGGACGAGCUUCGCGCUCGACGCGGCCGCGCAGCUGAUCCCGGAGGACCAGAAUAUCGCGUGGGGAGGGAGCGCGGGCGUGCAGUACGGUGUCGUGGGCAACCUUGGCAGUCUCAGUGGCGAGGGGCUCGAUUUCAUUGUGGGGCAGAAGUUUAUGGAGAGGUAUUAUGCGAUCUUCGAUACGCUAAACAGCCGUGUUGGGUUUGCGUUGACGAAUCACACGUUCUCGACGUACAGCGCUUAAGCAUUAGCCUGUCAUGACUAGCUCUGAUUUAACUUGGUGACUUUAGAUGGACGUUUUGAUCUGCUGUAUAGGACUCGAACCCGGACGCGGUGACAUUGGCCAUAGAAAAUCUACCAUUCUACCAUGUUUUUCCGCCCCAGUAAUGUGUCUAGCUGACGUACCGCCAUUGCUAUCAACGUAGUGACCUGUCCUGCGCUGAACCUUGUUUUUUGACGAGAACAACGUCUACAUCGUUCGUGUCGAAACAAGGUGUCGUCUGUACCAGUGCGUGCGUGCUAUGCGGCCCUUCAGCUGUAGGUGGAGAACCUGUCAAUCUGGUAUGACGUGAAUCUC